AUGGCGUCCAAUGAUAUCAAUGCUUUUAAGCAGCACCUGUGGUCGCUCUUUCAGUCGUACUCCUACAUCUCAGGCGGAGGAGGCAAGGGUGACCCGCCAGCGCGGCAGCUGAGCGAGAGCGGAUACCGUGCCGUCAUGUCGUUGCUUGCGGACAUUGAGGUCAUCAAUCGCUUUUUCACAGCAGAAGACGAAAUUACGCAGCGUGAAAGUCUUACACGCAUGGGGUCUGAACGCUUCAGGGACGAACUAUGGGAGGAGAUGCUUUCCGCGGGUGAGCGUCUGCUGGCUUCUGCCAGUGGUGGUACCAAAGUCAUUGCUCAGGAAGAGCGGGAGGAGGCGGAGGCGGACCUGGCGCUUACAGCAGAUUAUGAUUACCAUGUCAUGCGGCCGUCGUUUGGGCACAAGACCAUAACUUGGGAUGUUUUCCACGCGGUGCUAUUGCUGCGCCUGAGCAACUCCCUGCACCUGCGUGCUGGGGAAUAUGUGCUGCAGGAGUGUCGAGAAGCACUACACCCCUCUGCCUGGCUACUGCCAGCGCGAGGCUCGUGCGAACUACCGCGGUGUGCCGAUUCCGCACCAGACACGUCUCCAAAUGGGCAAGAAUCUUGUAGUGACAAAGCAGGCCCCGCAAAAACCGCCAUGCGACUUACUUUCGCGAGCGCAAAGGGAUCGGCGCCCCAGUGCAGCCCGACCUCGGUGAAUUCUUUAACAUGUAGUGUAAGCAAGACGAGUGCCGAUGAUAAGGCGCCUGUGGGCGCUGUCGACGUGCACGCGGAUCAGGUGCCGCAGACAUCAUUGUCCUUCUUGGGUCUUCAUAGGCUACGGGAUAAGGAGACUUGUGAGCAGCCGGGUGCUGCUGUGCCGCCAUCUCCCCCAGCGGGGACAAACAUGCCCUUUUGCUUCGUUGAUUCCAUUGGUGGGCGCACGGACGUCACGAAGGGCAUUCUCGCCGGCGCGGGCCCACACCAGUCCUCCCCUCCGCCACGCCCGAAGCCGUCGUCCAUGGCGGUCCCCAUCUUCUCCUGUCCAGCCCGUGCUGGGUCAGCGAAAUGGGGACAAGUGACGGUAGAGAUAAAACGGCUGCGGCAAAGACUCGCUCGGGGCGACGAGGGUCACCCAGAGAAAAAUGGCGCGGACGCUUUAUUGACGGAUUCGAGGAAGAGCGCGGUUUCACCGUCGUUGGAGACGACACUGGAUAUGUGGAACACCGCCCACGUGUCAAAGAGCAUACUCCCGUUGGACGCGGCAUCCGAAGCGUCUCCCGCGCGGUGUGACGAAGAGGCGAGUCAACGCUACAAGGAGCGAUGCCGGCAGGCCUCGCGGUGUUUGGGACCAGCUCCAGCAGCAUCUCUUUCGCCGUCGCCGAGCCCAGAGCCGACUAUCGGUGCGAAGGCCAUCAUAGCUUCUCCUAACGCCGGUAUGCAAGACGAUCCUCACCCGCCACUUGGAGAACGAGCAUGUGCGUCCGAGAAGAAACUUCCAGCUGCCGACAACGCCCAUGACGGCAACUUGCGACGGUGUGUGCAGGUUAGCCAUGCAAAUGAGCCCAUUGCCUGUGGAAGGUCAACUGAUCUGCGAGAGGCACCUCGGCCGAGGCUCGUCGCAUUGCUGCCCCCAGAAAGUGGGAUGCGUAAGCAGCGCAUGCCACCGCCGUCACCCUCACGUCGGGCCCUCUCCCGUGUGGCGAGUGGCCGGCGUCCUGUGCAACCUAUUGUCCCCCGCACGAGAGCACCAUUAAAGGGUUAG